AUGUUCAGCCACCUGGCGGAGUGCGCGGACUUCAUGGGGCAUCACAUCUGCAAGAGGGCAGUGAGGGUGGCGAGCGCCAAGCAGGUGAGCUGGGAAGAUCAGAUGCAGCGGGAGGCGACCGGCUCCUACAUCCGCAACGGGAGGCUGAGGGCAGACGAGAGCGCGUACUUGAGAGGAGACGAUUCAGACUGCGCGGCAAACCCUUCUUACCCCGCGUGUGCCAAUCCCUUCAAGGGACUGUUGGGUUCGGAGUGA